AUGGAUCAUCCACCUCGCACGAGGCCCUUCAACUUUGAGAACUCGGAGGACAAUGCACCGGUCGGACCAACAAGCUAUCAACAUGCGCAACCCAGCAGCGGUGACCAGGUACCAUACUCGGGCAUAGCGAGCCCCAACUCAGAACACAACGAUGCAUACCAGAACAAAUCACAAACGUCGCAAGAUGUCAUCCAAGAGACGCCCAGAAGCUUGCCACUUGCUCCCGAGGAAAUGGGGCUGAUAGAAAGACCAAGGAUGAAAAAGACUUUCGAGCUUGACCAAGAAUUCGAGUUCGGUCCUGCGCUCCAGAUCAAUCCAGGACAGUUCACGAAGCAGCUAAAGAAUCCUGGCCCACUCUAUCAGAGUACUCAAUCACCAGUUUUGACUUCCCAGCCAGCUAGUAAAGACAAAAAAACUCGACAAUUCCCGUUUCCUCUACAAGAACCAUUGCCAGGGCAGCAAAUCGAGGAGAGGAUCAGCAAUGAUGUUGUCUCUGCACACAACCGGCCCCCUCCUGGGGCAACAGACCAACCGAGUUCCGUCAUUUUUCAUGAACACGAAGCGCAGGACACUGAACAACCUCCGGAACGGACGGUUGACACUCGCCCCCCACCAAAAGGGCGCCCCUUUGCAGAUGUAUCCCCACCGUCCGCCCAAAGAGCUUUAAAGGUCGCAGUGCCCCUGCCACGGCCACCUAUCAGUAUACCACGUGUGAAGACCAGUCGACAUUUUACGCCAGGCCAGGAACCGGAUGAGUCCCGCUCACAAACCGACCAUCGAGCGUCCGCCGCUGAUGCGUCAAGACUCUUACAACAGCACGGAAAUCCUGCCGCAACAGUUAACGGAGUACACAUCAGCGGUAAUGGCGACCAGUUUCUGGUAUCUCACGAGAAAGGGAUUGCUCUUGAUGGGAAGUAUCUGUCCGAAGGAAGGGACGGCCAGUCAAAAGAUCGGUCUUCACCCACGAGCACUACCAUGUCACACAAGGGCAGACAGCCACACCCUGACAGGCCUCACUACCAAGACAUUCACAUGGGCGACUACACUCUUCCCGGCAACCCUGAGGCCGAGGAUGUUGUCAACAUGGGGUCUAGAGGGCCACAUAUUAGAUCUUUCGACCGCCCUGACACUCAACAGCCCAAGAGCACCAGCCCAUACUUCGAGUCUCUCCGUCAAGGAGAGCCGUCCCACACUAGCCGCCAAAAGCCCCACAAAUCUCAUGAUGUCUCGGACACGAACACUGCUGGCUCAGGCAAACCGCCCAACAGAGGAGCCGAAAAAGGGCAUUCUUCCUUGAGGACUCAACAUGUAUCUCCAAUCCGGCGAAUUGCAGCUGCGUCGGCCGCGCGGUUGCACAAACACCACGCGUCGAGGGACCCUAAAUCUGCAUACAAACAGAGUCCUCGGCCACCUUUGGAAGGCUCAAAUGUGUCCAGGAGAAGGGCAGCUGUCUCUACAACUGCAAGGUCGGAGAUAAUCGAUAUCACGAGUACACCCGGCAGCGAGAUAAUAAGAUCGAGCCCGGCCACCAACAACAAGAGUGUCAAGAUUAGCCAAGAAUUCACAAAAGAUCUGGCUGGUGUUCUCAACCGAUUCACUACUCAGCACAACUCCACCAGGCAGGAGCUGAGGGAAAGGUAUCACAAGUACAUCAAGCAGCUCAAGAAGAAAAUCAAGGACCGUGAACAUGAGGCCGAGGAAUACCUUGCUCGGGUUGAGGAGCAAGCCAUCGAUAUCCGAGAGCUUGAACACUCCAAUGGAAAAAUGACCAAGAAGAUCGAAGAGCUCGAACAUUCCAAAGGAAAAAUGGCCAAGAAGAUCGCAGAGAUGGAGGCAGUGCUUGAAGCCACCACAGAGCGAGGCUCAAAGGCGGAAGACAAAUAUCGCAAAGUCAAAGACCACCUCAAUGCGGCGAUUGAGGAACAACAAAAGCUAUACCUCAUGUCCAAGUCGCAGUGGGAGAAGGCCAUCAAGGAGGUCCGGGAGACCGAACGCAGCCAUGGUGCUGCCUUGGGAGAGAUGUUACAGAAGACAGAGGUGAUAAGGCAACAAAUGCUUGAAAAGGUUCGGCAGACAGUCGGUCAGUUGUACGGCCAGAUCGACACCCUCACACGCCAGAUAGAACAAAAAGACGCCGAACUGAGCCACGAAAAGGAAGCUGUAAAAAUGCUAUCACAGCAGCUUGGAACCCUCAAGAUCACCAAUGAAGGUCUCGAUGCGCUGGGGUCACAGCAAAAGGACAUUCUGGGCAAGAUGGACGAGCAAAAUGCGCAGGCAAUUCAGAGACAAGCAAAGACCGAAGAUGCAUUUGGAACCAGAUUGGAUGCAAUUGCCGAACAAGUUGGGACUGUCUCCAAAGCAGUGUCAGAGCAACCUCAAGCGCUGUCAAUUCUACAGAGCCAGCAACAAGAGAUAUUGGAGCUCAUCACGUCAAAGCUUGAGGCUGUCAUGGAGUCUUCUGGCACUACCGAGAAAACGACAACCCAAAUCUCGACGGACAUCAAGGCCCAUAUGGAGAAGAUCUUGAGACAGUUAGGCCACGAGAAGGACCGUCUGAGUCAACAGUUGAACGAAAAUCUCACGGAAAACGGCAGGCUUGCUGGCUGCAUUGCCGAAAAGGAAAAGGCACUCAAGACUUGCCAGAAGGAGCUGAAAGAUUUGCAGAAACGCUUUGAGAACCAACAAAUCCAGUUCAGUCAACUUCAGGCGCAUGCCGUGGAGCUGGAAGUAGCUCACGAGGACAACCAACCACUCAACCAACAACUCCAACUCGCUCAAGCAGAAAUCGAGCGGCUGGAAGCAGAAGUCAGCUCUCGAACAGCAGCUAUUUCACAACUCGAGAAAACAAUCCGAUCAAAGGAAGAAACAUACGUCUCUGAGGUCAAGCAGUUUGGUUCACAAGUCCAACAACUCAAUCAACUGAUAAUGGACAAAGAGGCAAUCAUCGAGACGGCAAGCGCCAAAUCGGUCGAUCUCGUCCGGCGGGAGCUCCUUGCAGAAAAGGAAAAGGAGACUGCUGAACUAAACAAGAAGAUCUCCCAGUUACGCAGCGACCGGAACGCCUUGGACGAAGUAGUGGCGCAACUUCGACAAGAGAGGACCAGCAAGGAAGAAGCCGAAAGACAGCAGGCUCGUACAAUCGAGUCUCUGAAGGCCAGCCUGGCUAUUGCUGAGAACAAAUGCUCAUCUCUCGCUGAAGAAUUGAAGACAAGAUCGGAUGAUCUCGCUGAAUCUCGCCAUCAGAGAUCUACUCGGAUCAGCGCUUUGGAGGCAGACCUCGCUGUUUGGCAAAAGAAGGCAGUUGAGCUUGAAGCAAGCUACACUGGGCUGCAAGAGACCGAGAGGCAGCAUACCGGUGCGAUUGAUUCUUUGAAAGUCACUCUUGCUGCUACGGAAAGCAAAUGCUCAUCACUUUCUGAGGAGUUAAAAGCGAAGUCACUUGAACUCGAAAAGUCUCAUCAACGGAGCUCUUCUCGCAUCACCGAUCUAGAGAAAGAGCUUGCCAGUUGGCAGAAAAAAGUAGCCGAGCUUCAAGCAACAUAUUCAGAAGUACAGCAAAUUGAGAAAACACGCCAGGGCAAAUUGCAGGAGUGCUUGACCACCAUAGAGCAACUGGCAGUAAAGGAAGGACUCGUUGCUUCAGAUGCUGGAAGUUCGAAAUUGUUCGAUAUUGGCAUAACGUUGGAUGAGGCAUGGCCAAAGAUUUCCAAGGCUGUCGAACAACUGAUGAAGAUGACAUCAACGAAACAUCAGGCCAAUCUCGACGAGGUGCGCCAACGGCUCGAAGCACUAAAGGAAAGGGUCAGCCAUACAGGAUCAUCAACAAAUGAAGACUCCCAAGCGUCGCUCGUCAAUGCAUGCAAUAAUCUUGAAAUAAGGCCACUGCAAGAAAGCCAAGGCGGCAAUCCAGAUGGAGUCAGCGAGAUGAUAACAACUCCACCAAACACGGAGGAGACAUCACCUCCGUUUCUGCAACAUCGUGUAGUCGUGGGCCUUCAGGAUCAAGAACGGCGGGUUGCUGUUCGACGACCAACAUCGACGGAAGGUAUACGCAAAGUCCCUUUGCCUCCGCCUCCUUCUGUUGCUCAGGAGAAGUCAAGGAGGAGGGAAGCUGUACCUCCCAAAUCGAUCAUGAAGAGAGUGACGCGCAGUGCAUCUCGGGAACAAUUGAUAGAAAAUUCUUCGGGGAGUGGUGCGUUUGGGAGAAUCGGGCCACUUGAAACCUUCACAGCAACUCCUCCUGAGAGUACGGGUGCUUUUUUGGAGCCAAAUCCCGUGUCUCAUGAGGUUACCUCCAGCCACUUUUCAGAUGUCUCUGCUUCAGGAAGACCCAAUAAGCGGAAACGAUCUGAUGACAUCGUAGACUCUCCAGUAGUUGUUCGGCGCGGGAGAUACUCGAGAGGGGCGGGCGGAAAGAGUACGACCAAAGCUGUAGCUUCUACCCCAGCUUCAGCAUCGGUUCCUAAUGGCUCAGAUGAACGCGGACCUCGGGGAAUAGUACAGCCACAACGGAUUUAUCGAAGCCGUCACGCCAUGGAUAAGUUGAGCGAAGGUUCCAAGCCCUCUGGAAACGGAUCAACUUCCAUCAACUUCAAGCCUUCAUCUAGCCUCCCACCCGAGGUCCUGAACGGUGCCAACAGGUUCUUGCCACCCAGAUCGGCACCGACUCGGACUUAUGGCAGUCGAAAGUUCGUUGGUCCUGCGGAAGACACCAGCUCGGCCAGUCAAACAAAUGGCGAGUCCCAAGCACGAUCUCAGUCCCAGCCACUUUCGCGAUACUGGGGCGCCAAUGAUGAGACCCAGGACUCCAUGACCCUCUCGCAAAAUGCAAGUAAAGAAGACGGAAAUGACUUGCUUCUGCCUCCGCCUGGCAACAAG